AUUUUCUUUCAAUACAUAUGCAACCAUGGAGAUCCAGAUCCCAUAUUCCAUCAUCUUCUUCACCUUCUUAUGCUUCUUUUUGAUUAACAAGCUAUCUUCUUCUUCCAAGAAACCCACCAAAAACCAACCUCCAGGGCCAUGGAAAUUACCUCUCAUCGGAAACCUCCAUCAACUUGCUGGCUCACUGCCUCAUCGUUCUCUCACAAAUCUCGCAAACAGGUAUGGGCCCUUCAUGCACCUUCAACUUGGGCAGGUUUCUCAUAUCAUAGUGUCUUCACCAGAAUAUGCCAAAGAAAUAAUGAAGACCCAUGAUCAGAUCUUUGCAAAUAGGCCCAAAAAUCUUGCCACUGAUAUCUUGACCUAUAAUAGCACAGACAUCAUCUUUUCCCCAUAUGGAAACUAUUGGAGGCAACUUCGAAAGAUUUGUACUUUAGAGCUUUUCUCAGCAAAAAGGGUUCAAUCGUUUAGAAGGAUUAGGGAAGAGGAGGUAUCAGCACUGGUAAGAAACAUCUCUGAACAUGAAGGUUCUGUCUUCAACCUCAGCCAAAAGAUCUCAGAACUCACGAAUUCUAUUGUUGCAAGAGUGGUCUUUGGAAAGAAGACAGAGAAUGUAGAACAAAUCCUACAAAUUAUAGAACAAGGACAAAAGGAAAGCUCUGGGUUGUCCAUUUCUGAUUUCUAUCCUUCGCUGAAAUUUCUUAGUACCAUCACUGGGAUGAGAGCUCGAGUUAUAAAGCUGCAGGAUGGUGGAGAUAAAGUGUUUGAUGAAAUCAUCAAAGACCACAAAGAAAAGAAAAGAAAUAAUGUUGGAGAGGCAGAGGAGGAUCUAGUUGAUAUUCUUCUCAGAAUUCAAAUGGAUGGUGACUUGGAGAUCCCCUUAUCUCUUGACAACAUUAAAGCUGUUCUUAAAGAUGUUUUCUUUGCUGGAACUGAAACAGCGGCAACUACAACAGAUUGGGCGAUGUCAGAAUUGCUCAAAAACCCAAAGGCUAUGAAAGAGGCACAAGAAGAGGUAAGAAGAGUCUAUGGAGACAAAAAAUAUGUAGAUGAAUCAGAACUUCACCAAUUAAAAUAUGUAAGUGCUGUCAUCAAAGAAACCUUAAGGCUCCAUUUACCAGUGGCACUGUUGGUUCCAAGAGAGAAUAGUGAGAGUUGUGAAAUCAAUGGAUAUGUGAUACCUCCUAAGACAAAAAUUAUCAUUAAUGCUUGGGCCAUUGCAAGAGAUCCCAAGAAUUGGAAUGAUCCAGAGAUGUUUGAACCAAGGAGAUUUCUCGAUACAAUGGUUGAUUACAACUUCAAAGGUUCACACUUUGAGUAUAUCCCGUUUGGUGCGGGAAGAAGAAUCUGUCCGGGGCCCACAUUUGCUACGCCUGUUUUAGAGUUAUUACUUUCCAGUUUACUUUACCAUUUUGAUUGGAAGCCACCAAAGGGGAUGACGCUUGAGGAAUUGGACAUGGAUGAGUCAUUUGGUGCUGUGAUAAGAAGGAAAAGUAAUCUGAAGUUAGUUCCUAUUCGCUAUUCCCCUUGAGUUUAUGUGUCUGUUACUUGAAUGAUAUUUGGAUCAGUUUCAGAUAUCCUCGAUCUAUGUUGCGGAAGCGAGGAAUGAAUAAAAAAUCGUUUUGAUUUGAA